CUGGGUGGGAUUAGGCCGUGUUGGAGGUUGGACGGGAUUAGAGCGCAGCGCAGCGACAUUCCCAGUCCAGGCUGUGUGCCCUGCUAUGGGUUUCUGACUGAACUGAGCAAUACCUUGGAUAUACGCACAUCCUACCUGUUGUGGACAUCUGGGGGUUCAAACACCGGCCCGGGAACAAUGGCGGACGUCCCGCAGAUAAUCAAAAUCGGGAUUUCCCUGAAGAUGCUUCCCAAUAACAGCUCGGUGCACUUCAAGUCCGACGGGAACCGGUUCGACCAGACCCGGACCAUCAAACUGCUGACGGGCUCCAAGUAUAAAAUCGAGGUGGUUGUCAAGCCCGGAGCGGUCGAAGCCACGUCUAUGAGUGUGGGAGGGGUGACCUUCCCCCUGGAGCAGCAGUCUAAAGACCCACAGUCAGUUGUGUAUACUGGGCUGUACGACACAGAGGGGGUGGCACACACCAAGAGUGGGGAGAGGCAACCAGUUCAGAUAAGCAUACAGUUCACAGAGGCAGGCCAGUUUGAAACAGUGUGGCAGGUGAAAUAUUACAACUACAACAAGAGGGACCACUGCCAGUGGGGAAACAGCUUCAACAGCAUCGAGUAUGAAUGCAAACCCAACGACACGCGCACCCUCAUGUGGGUCAACAAGGAGAUGUUUGUCUGACAGACUGACCAGACCAACAUGGGUGAAAAAUUCAGUGCGUACACUGCACACAGCCGAUUUAACCCCAGCAUAUGGUUUUCAUAUUAAUUGAAAUACCUUGGUGUAAUUACUGUAAACAAAUGAGACCAUGGUUGAAAUGUUUGGCAGGCUCUGUCUCACAGCAGUGGUAUUGUUUGUGCUGGUGUUUGUCAGAUUAAGACCACAUUUCCCCUUUUUUCCUGUUGCAGAACAGUGUUAUUACCUGCCUCCCCUCCCCCAUUUGCCGUGUGUAUUUUGAUUUGGUUUCACUGAAUUGGAAAAAAAUGUGUUUUUUCCUGUCAGCCUUUUACUCCACUGUAUCACAAUAAAUUGCUUUGGUAAAACAGCGCCCCCUUGCAGUAUGUAGAGCCACUCAGUUGAUUGCUCAGUAAACUGAACCUGAAGGUAACACAGUAUAAAUGCUGUGUAGAGGCUGCCAAACUUUUUAACAGCAGUCUUAAUGACAUUAAUUAUACUAAUGUUAAUGUGCUAAAGAUUUAUUGUGGUUAAAUUGCCACAUGUUAUAUGUUUAAGUAAUUUAAUUCUGUAUUCGGUCUCAAAACUGUGUUUUGGUGUAAGGAAUUACAAAAUUUUACUGUUCAACUUAAUUUGUUCCAAGCUGGCUAUUUCCUUGCUUCAAGUGACAUAAUCUUGAGUGAUGUGCUGUACAUUAAUUCAAGAUAUUGUCACUCCAGAGCAAACAACUGAAACUGUAAUGUAAACAUGUUGUCUCACCACACUGCCAGAUUCAACUGUUUCAACAAAAACAGAAUUUAAUAGUGUAUACACUGUUAUAUAAUAUGUUAAGAGGCAUACUAUGCAGGAUUUCCCCCCAAACUACAUGUUGUUUUGGCUCUGUAUAUACAUUCAAAGUGUUGCAGUCCCCCUGUGCUCUCCCACUAUGGUGCCUGAGCGGUCCAGAUGUAUUAGCCUACAUGUCCAAGUAGCAGUGGCACUUAAGGGGGCAUUCAUACUAUAUCGUGACCUCUGUGAAAACACCAGUAUUUCCCCAAGCUGACUGAGCUAAAAGGUGAAAUCUUGAGUGGAUCUGUUCAGUGCUUCAGGCCCCAGGUCGCAGGCCAUUGAGCUGCUUCCAGCCUCCAAUGGGAGUACUAAACCAUAUUAUUGUUGUUGUGUGGCCACUUGUUGUGGAGGUUUCAGAGCAAGCAGGUCAGGAGCCUGCUAGUACAUUUUGCUGCUCUUAAAGUAGCUUAAGACAACUUUCUUGCAGGUGCCCAUAUUAUUCCCUCCUCAACCACUUGAAUGCUCUGAGGUAGAAGUGGGAAGUGUUUCAGUUCCCAUUUGUCCUGAAUGCACCACAGCCCCAACAUAAUUUGACCGUGAGAGGGUACCACCCUAUUCCCACUGCAUGUGGGGAUAAGACUCCAGAUGGUGGUUACAGUCCAGAAAUGUCCCAAACAUCACAGACCAGUGUGGUCAUUUUAAAACAUUCAAACAGUAAAAUCCUGUGUACUAUGCCUUUAAGGUGUGUAUCAACCCUGUUUUCCAUGUAUUUUUCAGUUGUGGUAUCUGGUAACCCCCAGGUUGUGUUCAGUGUAUGAGUGCAAGUGUGUAGGUGAGAGUGAGUUAUAAAUGGUGCUCGUACAGAUGUAUGUAUAUGUGUUUCUAUAUUUCAGAAGCCAUUACCUAGGUCUACAUGUGAAGAGUUUAUUCCAAUACACAUUUCAAGAAAUUCUACUGAUACAAAAAUGAUUGCCGGCAUAAAAAAAACCUAAAUUUUGUGUCAUUUUAGAAGCUAUUUGAAGUUAGUGAUCUUAAGAGCUCUGGUUAUCAAAAUGUAGCAUAUCAUCAUUUAUGUUUCUGAAGCACUGACUGAUGAAUUCCAAUUAGCAUUCUAUGUUUCCAAAGUAGGCAUACAGUGUUUUGGAAUGAAACUCUUCAUGUGUAGUCUUGUUGUCUAUGAAUGUGUAUUCUUUUUGUGAUACCACUUCCUGUGCAGUAUAGCAUUUGUAAUAUAGUUUCGUUAUUUGGGUGAAGUUGUACCCCUAUUUAUGUUCUUUCUACCUCGGCUAAAGGGAAGAGCCAUGAAUAUCAAAGCUUGUGAAAAACAAUUUAUUUGGAUCAGAAUAUUAUGGUUCAUGACAUAUCUUAAACCCAUGCAACUUUUUUGCUCCUUGUUGCGAUGGAGAUAACUGCAAAAGACAUCAGAUUUUAGAAAGAUAGUCUUUUUUUGUAAAAGGGACAUGUUUUAUGUGUUUUCAUAUAAUUGUGUGUACUCGUAGAAAAAUCUAUAGGAGCAUUUUGAUUAAAGUGAAAUGUUCAGAUUGACCUAUGCAAUGAAUCAGAGCAACAACAAAAAAAAAAAUGAAAUAAUGAGUGCAAUGCAGUAGGAAAUUUAAAUCUACCAUGAGAUACUUAUGUAUUUUAUCUAUUUUGACCAUUUUGUGAAAGUAUUGUUUAUAAAAUUAACAGUAAAAGCUCUUUGAAAUCUUUA